ACCGACCGAGCGCCCCCUCACUUUUUGUGACCCUCCCACCCCCCUCUCGCCCCGCAUCCGCAACGAAGGUGGAGUCGGAGCGCGGCGACACCUUGCUCGCCAAGAUGCCCAUGGAGCUGACGCAGAGCCGGAUCCAGAAGAUUUGGCUGCCGCCUGACAAUCACCCCACGUUGCCGCGCCGACUAUGUGGUCCACAGCUUACCAAUUCCCCUACCGUAAUCGUGAUGGUUGGAUUGCCGGCUCGCGGGAAAACCUACAUUUCCAAAAAACUCACCCGUUACCUCAACUGGAUUGGCGUGCCGACGAAAGUGUUCAACGUCGGCGAGUAUCGGCGUGAGGUUGUGAAACAUUACAGCUCUUACAACUUCUUCCGCCCUGACAAUGAGGAAGCCAUGAAAGUCCGCAAACAGUGUGCCUUAAGCGCCUUGAGAGACGUCAAGCUCUACUUAUCGGAGGAAGGUGGACAGAUUGCAGUUUUUGACGCUACCAACACGACCCGUGAGCGAAGAUCCAUGGUCUUGCAUUUUGCCAAAGAAAACGGAUACAAAGUGUUCUUCAUUGAGUCCGUCUGCAAUGACCCAACUGUGGUAGCAAGCAACAUCAUGGAGGUCAAGCUGUCCAGCCCAGAUUAUAAGGACUGCAACUCGACAGACGCCAUGGAAGAUUUCAUGAAGAGAAUCAGCUGCUAUCAAUCCAGUUACCAGCCUCUUGAUCCGGACGGAUACGACAGAGAGUUGUCGCUCAUCAAAGUGAUCGAUGUCGGUCGAAGGUACUUGGUGAACAAAGUUCAGGAUCACAUCCAAAGCCGGAUUGUCUACUACCUGAUGAACAUCCACGUGCAGCCCCGGACUAUCUACUUGUGUCGGCACGGCGAGAGUGAAUUCAACCUCAAAGGGAAGAUCGGGGGCGACUCGGGGCUCUCCAGCAGAGGCAAGAAGUUUGCCAGCGAGCUGAAUAAUUUUGUCAAGGAGCAAAAUCUGAAUGAUCUCAAAGUCUGGACCAGCCAUCUCAAGAGGACAAUCCAGACGGCAGAAGCUCUUGAUCUGCCCUACGAGCAGUGGAAGGCUUUGAAUGAAAUUGAUGCUGGUGUGUGUGAAGAUAUGACUUACGAUGAAAUCAAGGAAACAUAUCCGGAAGAAUUUGCUCUACGCGACCAAGACAAAUACUAUUACCGCUAUCCAUCCGGAGAGUCCUAUCAAGAUCUGGUGCAGAGGCUGGAACCGGUGAUCAUGGAGCUGGAAAGACAAGAAAAUGUCCUUGUGAUUUGUCAUCAGGCCGUCAUGCGUUGCCUGUUGGCUUACUUCCUCGACAAAAGCGCAGAAGAAAUGCCCUACCUGAAAUGCCCUCUCCACACAGUCCUGAAGCUGAGUCCUGUAGCUUACGGUUGCCGCGUGGAAUCCAUCUAUCUGAACGUUGAAGCUGUGAAUACUCACCGGGACAGACCGGAGGAUGCAAAGAAGGGAGCCCAUGCGCUCAUGAGGCGCAAUAGCGUGGUCCCUCUGGCCAGUCCAGACCCCGUCAAAAAACCACGCAUGAACAGGUUUGAGGAACAUGCCGCUGCCUCGGCCGCCUUACCGGUCCAUACCUGCCUAUCUCCAGAAGGCCCCAUCCAACUUCCCACACAACCAUUUCUGGGGAAGGCUUGCCUAACCUGAACCCUCCACACACACAACCUUGAAUCUCUUUCGGUGGUACACCGGGAACCACAGGUGGAAGCCAAGCGCCGUGGUAUCAUUCAUCCCCGAAACUUUGCAGCCUGCUCCACAACAUCUCCGUUGGACUCCAGUUGCUUUGUUGAUGAUCUCCAUCGCUGGUUUAUCUUCCCUUCUUGGACUUGAGAAAAUGGAGUGGCAGAAGGAGAAAACACCAGAGAGAGAGAAAGAAAGAAAGAAAGAAAGAGAGAGAGAGAGAGAUGGAGAAAAAAAAAAUAAAGGAAAAGAAAGAGACUCAUUUCAUCAGCAUAUAAACUGUGGAUCUGAACCUAACUUUAAAGCUGGUUUUUGUUUUUUUUCCCAUCUACAAUUUGGUAGACUCCAGCAAGCACCAAAGUGUUCCUGUACGCACCAUACGUCCUACGUGUCUUGGUGGUUAUUACUCUGUUGUUGUUUUUUAAGCAACCAGCUUGCCUUGUAGAAGAUCACUGCUGAUUCCAGCAUCUCAAAAGAUAAAGGGUUAGGGACAGCCUAGGUGGGCUUGUGGCUAAGACGGAGGCGAAGGGGAGAUGAAAAGUGUUAACAUUCAUGAGUCCGUUCCAUCUGUUCAUUUCCACCUUAGAUGUUCCCUGUGAGAGAAAGGAUCCUCCCCUGAAUUGUAGCUGUCCUUGCAGAACUGGUCCAAGACAGAGUCGAUCAGUUGAUCCCAGACCUGGCAGGGAAGAGAGAGAGGAGAGGCAAAGUUUGUCUUAGUUCCACAAGCUAAACCGCACAAACCGCACUUUUGUCAGCGAGAGCCUCUCCUCUUUUUUUAGGGGCGCAUAAAAACUUCCAUCUCCAAACAUCUGCGUCUCCGCAAAGACUGUGUCCUAACCCUGCUUUGGGGGUGGUGGUGGCUUGUGGGAAGGUCUGUUUGGAGACCAAUGAAGUCGUAAGAAGCAUCUUUAUGUUACAAGCAUCUUGCGGUGCAAACAGGGUAUGUUCCUAUCGA